AUGAAGAAUCUGCAAGGACAAGCUCAGAAACCUCAGCUUGGUAAGAAGGUGAAGGUCGGCCGAUCGCCAAGCUUGAGUGCAUCGCGUCCACCGCCGAGAGAUGAACUUGCUAUGCCUAACAAGGAGACAAGAGCCAAGGCAGCUAAACUUCGUGUGAAUGCUAUGCGACGAUUGAGGAGAGAGGCAAGAAAAGGAGAAGCUGAUCGUCACGUGUAUGAUCUGAAGCCCAAGCACUUGUUCAGUGGAAAGCGAAAAAUGGGAAAAACCGAUAGGAGAUAA